AUGGGGUUUGUGGUCAAAUGUUCUAAAGCUCGAAGCAUUUGCAUGGUAUCCAUGGCCUUUGCCUUAACAGUGCUGCUAGUGAGGUAUGAGGUGUUUGAGGAUGAGAUGUUAUUUUCAAAGAGAAACACAACAAUGAUCAAAACUAGGAAGCAUUUGAAGAGGCCUACUUCUGGCUCUGGUGUAGAUGUGGAGGACAUGAACCGCAUAGGGAAGGCAUGCUCGAAGGAGGACAUAGCCAUAUAUACGGGGGAAGCGGCUCCUCUACCAAGCGGGAUACCUUCCUAUGCAGUUCAAAUAAUGAACAAGUGCAGCAAUGAUUGCAGCAUAGCCAACAUUAGGCUUCACUGCGGCUGGUUCAGCUCCGCCAGGUUGAUCAACCCAAGACUGUUCCGCCGCCUCCGAUAUGAUGAUUGCCUUGUCAAUGAUGGCCGGCCCCUUCCCCCUGCCACAGCCAUCUCCUUUCAGUAUGCCAACACUUUCCGCUACCCUCUCACCGUUGCAUCCCUCGUUUGCUUAUAG